AUGAAAUUACGUCAGCAAACUGCCCCAUACUUUAAAGUUGUUAGAAAACCUGUUUCAACAGAAUUUAACGAGUUUGGUAAUAAAACGAGUGUAAAUCUAAAUAGCUUGAUUCCCUGUGAUGAAAAUCCAACGUUGGAAGCUGUUGUUAAUAGUCCAGACUUAACAUCAAAUUACAGAAAUCAAGACCAAGAAGUAAACAAUUAUGAUGCAAAUACUGAAUCCGGAAAUAACAUUUGCCACAUUGAAACAAAUAAUACUGAGCUACUCACUAAGUUGCCCAAUAAGCUUCCCAGUAAGCAGUUGAACAGUAAAGAAGAAAACUCUUCCAUUAAAAUUCCAAUGCCAAGAUUAAUAAAUUAUUUACAUACACUGCGCGUCACUACUCAUUAUAUGUGUAUCGAAUGUGGUAAUUAUUUAGGAUCUAUUAGAAAUAGAAUCGUUCAAUGUGAUAGUUGUUUGCAUAAAGUCAAAAACGAAGGUGAAUUGGAUAAAAGUUUCUUCUUACAUCUGCCAUUAGAAGAUCAACUUCGAGAAAUUUUUGAAACUACUGAAGCUCAUAAUCUACACUCCAUGAAUCGUAAAAAAAUACAUACAAAUGGUUUGGAAGAUAUUUAUGACGAAAAAUUAUAUAAGAAAAGAAUCUGUAACGAUAAUACCAUAUCAAUAAAUUUCAGCGUUGAUGGUGCACCGAUAUUUGACAGUUCCAACAGUUCAGUAUAUCCUAUUUUAUGUGCUAUUAAUGAAUUAGACCCCAUAAAAAGGCGUAAUCAUAUAAUGCUAUCUAGCAUAUGGUUUGGGACAGGUAAACCGAAGUCUAUGAAUGGUUAUUUGAAGCCGUUUGUGGAUGAAGCUACAAAAUUAUUUAAUAAAGGUUUUAAAUAUGUCUACACGGGUCAAGAGUACAAAAAAUAUGUAGUUAUUUUGAUGGGAGUUUGUGACUCUUUGGCUCGCCCUAUUUUAAGAUGUUCUACGCAAUUUAACGGUGAAUACGGCUGCGGUUUGUGCCUUCAUCCCGGAGAAAGUAUAGGGACCGAGCCGCUAGACUGUCAGGCUAACUGGUAG